GUGGAAAGUGAAGAUGUUGCAGCUGCUGUUGCUGUUUGCCUGUCUAAAUGCUGUGUCAUUGCAGACGCUGCAAUCAUUUCCCAAGCUCACCAAUGUCCGCGAUUUCGAUGACUUUCUGCGGCAAACGGGUAAAGUAUACCUAGACGAAAAGGAGCGCGAGUUCCGCGAGAGCAUCUUUGUCGCAACGAAGUCAUUAGUGGAUCUAAACAACCGUCAUUCGAGCAGUUACAAGCUCAGCCUUAACGCAUUCGCCGAUAUGACACGCAAAGAGCUUUCCUCACUGCUCGGCUCCAAGCUCUCCGUGGAAGGCGAGACACUAACUAAAGGCCACAUUAACUUUUUGCCCGCUCCACAACCCUCAGAUGCAAACCUGCCGGAAUCGUUCGAUUGGCGUGAGAAGGGGGGAGUUACUCCACCUGGCCAUCAAGGCUCGUGUGGCGCGUGCUGGGCAUUUUCGGCGACAGGUUCCCUCGAGGGGCAUCUGUUUCGACGAACGGGGGUGCUGGUUCCGCUGUCACAGCAGAAUCUGUUGGACUGUUCCGACGCUUAUGGCAGCAAUGGCUGCGACGGCGGCUUUCAGGAGUAUGGAUUCGAGUAUAUACGUGACCACGGAGUUACGCUGGCCAAUAAGUAUCCAUACGUGCAGAAGGCGUUGGACUGCAAACGGAAUGAUACCACCACGUUUCCAGGCGAUAGCAUUGUCAAGAUACGCGACUAUGCGCGCAUCAAAGCAGGCGAUCAGCAGACGAUGAAGCAAGUGAUUGCCACGCUGGGUCCACUGGCCUGCUCCGUGAAUGCAUCUCCCACAUCCUUUCAGCAAUACAGUGGCGGCAUCUACGACGACGAGGAAUGCAACAAGGAAGAAGUCAACCAUGCCGUAGUUGUUGUUGGCUACGGCAGCGAAAAUGGACGUGACUAUUGGAUCGUCAAGAACUCAUACUCGGAAAACUGGGGCGAGGGUGGAUUCUUCCGACUAUUAAGCAAUCCGAGCAACUUCUGCGGCAUUGCCAGCGAGUGCAGCUACCCCAUACUGUAG